AUGGUUGAAGAAAAUCGAAGCAUUCAAAGCGAGUUUAUCCUCACGGGGCUUACAGACCACCCAGACCUGAAGAACCUUCUGUUUGUGGUGUUCCUUGUCAUCUAUUUGAUCACCAUGUUAGGGAAUAUUGGACUGAUGAUACUUAUUUCAAAAGAACGGUCUCUUCACACACCAAUGUACAUAUUUUUAGGUAACCUAGCAUUUGUGGAUUCCUGCUGUGCUUGUGCCAUUACCCCCAAGAUGUUAGAGAAUUUGCUUUCUGAAGACAAAAGGAUUUCAUUUUAUGAAUGUAUUGCACAAUUCUAUUUUCUUUGCACAGUUGAAACUGCAGACUGCUUUCUUCUGGCAGCAAUGGCCUAUGACCGCUAUGUGGCCAUUUGUAGCCCACUGCAGUACCACACUAGGAUGUCUAAGAAACUCUGCACUCAGAUGAUCACAGGAGCCUACAUAGCUGGAAAUCUCCAUUCUAUGAUUCAUGUAGGGCUACUAUUUAGAUUAGCUUUCUGUAAAUCUAAUCGCAUCAAUCACUUCUACUGUGACAUUCUUCCCUUGUAUAGACUCUCCUGUGUUGACCCCUACAUCAAUGAACUUGCGCUAUUUGUCUUUUCUGGCUUAAUUCAAGUCUUCACAAUAGGUAGUGUUUUAAUUUCUUAUCUUUACAUUCUUUUUACAAUUUUCAAAAUGAAGUCCAAAGAGGGAAGGAUCAAAGCUUUUUCUACCUGUGCCUCUCACUUCUUGUCUGUGUCACUAUACUAUGGAUCUAUUUUCUUCCUGUACAUUAGGCCCAAUUUACUAGAAGAAGGAGAUAAAGACAUACCUGCUGCUAUUCUGUUUACAAUUAUAGUCCCCUUACUGAAUCCUUUCAUUUAUAGCCUGAGAAAUAAGGAAGUAAAAAAUGUCUUACAAAAAAUUCUGAUUAAGAAAAUAACCUCCUGA